CCACGCUCUGCAGGUUCUCCAGGCGGGCGCGCCAAAGCGGCUUUUUGCCCUCUUCCAAGAUGGCCGCCGCCGCCUCUGUGACAGGCCUGGUCACGUGGGCACCCCCGCCUAUGAGGUCGCUGGGGCUUGGCUGGCGAUUGUCCCUUCCCGGACCCCGUCUCGAGGCGGCGACUGCCCUUGUCAACCCGAGCCUGAGCGAUCAUGGCAACGGGCUCCGGCGGGGAGCGCCUGGCGGCGGCGGCGGCGGCGGCUGUUUGGUCGCGGGCCGGCGCGGCGGAGCGGCGGCGGCGGCGGUGGCACUGGCACUGGCCGCGGCCCUGAGCGCCAUGCGGCGGGGCAGCUCCGAGAGGGAGCUGGCGGCCCGGUGGGAGGCGGAGGCGGUGGUCGCUGCCAGAGCGGCGGCCAAAGCGGCGGCCAAAGCGGAGGCGGAGGCCAAAGCGGAGGCAGAGGCCAAAGCGCAGGCGGAGGCCAAAGCGCAAGCGGAGGCGGCGGCGGGGCAGGUGCGUGUGGACGCGGGCGCGGCCGGGGAGCCCGAGCGCAAGGCGAGGGAGGAGCACCCCAAGGCCCCAGCCCCGGCGCAGUCCCGCGCGCCCGAGGAGGGGGACGCCCGCGUCCCUGCGCGGCCGCUGCCCACGCUGCCCCCGGCCAACCCGAGGUCAGCGCCGGCGCGGGGCCUCUGCCCGCGCGGGAAGCCCAAGAGCAAGGGCCGGGGCUGUAAGCGGAGCGCGGGCCUCCGUUCCGAAGAGUACGGCCCUCAGCGGCCGGUCACCGUGGACAGCUCCAAGGCCAGGACCUCCCUGGACGCGCUCAAGAUCAGCAUUCGCCAGCUCAAGUGGAAGGAGUUCCCAUUUGGCCGGCGCUUGCCUUGUGACAUCUACUGGCAUGGAGUUUCAUUUCACGACAAUGACAUACUCUGCGGUCAAGUGAACAAGUUUCCAGGUAUGACGGAGAUGGUGCGUAAAAUCACCCUGAGCAGAGCGGUGAGAAUCAUGCAGAAUCUCUUUCCUGAGGAGUACAACUUCUACCCUCGCUCGUGGAUUCUGCCCGACGAGUUCCAGCUCUUUGUUGCUCAGGUUCGCAUGGUGAAAGAUGGCGACCCCUCCUGGAAGCCCACGUUUAUCGUGAAACCUGACGGUGGUUGUCAGGGUGACGGAAUCUACCUCAUUAAAGACCCCAGUGACAUCCGCCUGACAGGGACCCUCCAGAGCAGGCCGGCGGUGGUCCAGGAGUACAUCUGCAAACCUCUCCUCAUCGACAAGCUCAAGUUCGACAUCCGUCUGUACGUCUUACUCAAGUCCCUGGAGCCCUUAGAGAUUUACAUCGCCAAAGACGGACUCUCCAGAUUUUGUACCGAGCCCUACCAGGAGCCCAGCUCCAAGAACCUGCACCACGUCUUUAUGCACUUAACCAACUACUCGCUGAACAUCCACAGCGGGAACUUCGUGCACUCGGACAGCGCGAACACGGGCAGCAAGAGGACUUUCUCCAGCAUCCUCUACAGGCUGUCUUCCAAGGGCGUUGACAUCAAGAAGGUCUGGUCGGACAUCAUCUCCGUGGUGAUCAAGACUGUCAUCGCCCUGACUCCGGAGCUCAAAGUCUUCUACCAGUCGGACAUCCCCACUGGGAGGCCGGGCCCCACGUGCUUCCAGAUUUUAGGCUUUGACAUUCUUCUCAUGAAAAAUCUGAAGCCUGUACUACUUGAAGUAAACGCAAACCCCAGCAUGAGAAUCGAGCAUGAGCACGAACUUUCUCCAGGGGUGUUUGAAAAUGUCCCCAGCCUUGUUGAUGAAGAAGUGAAGGUGGCUGUGAUCAGAGACACUCUGCGCCUCAUGAACCCACUCAAGAAGAAAAGAGAGAGCCAGUCUCAGCAGCUUGAAAAGCCACUAGCCGGAAAAGAAGAGCCUCCGGACAGGGAGCCGACCAGCGCCCCCGAGGUCACCGCCAACCCCGAAGCCCACCUGCCCUCCAUCUGCCUCAAGCAGGUGUUCCCCAAGUACGCCAAGCAGUUCAACUACCUGCGCCUGGUGGACAGGAUGGCCAACUUGUUCAUCCGGUUCCUGGGAAUCAAGGGAUCCAUGAAGCUGGGACCAACCGGCUUUCGCACCUUCAUAAGGAACUGCAGGCUCAGCAGCAGCAGCCUGUCCAUGGCCGCCGUGGACAUCCUCUACAUCGACAUCACGCGGAGGUGGAACUCCAUGGCCCUGGACCAGCGGGACUCAGGGAUGUGCCUGCAGGCGUUCGUGGAGGCUUUCUUCUUCCUGGCUCAGAGGAAGUUCAAGACGCUGCCGCUGCACGAGCAGGUGGCCUCGCUGAUCGACCUGUGCGAGUUCCACCUGUCCCUGCUGGAUGAGAAGCGCCUGGUGUGCGGCCGCAGCGGCCCGCUGGGGGGCCGGUCCCCUCACGGCAGCACCGCCCAGGAGCCCUCCGCCUCGGCCCAGCCGGCGGGGGGCCACGUGCUGCCCCGCGUGAGCUACACCAGCAAGCUCUCCUACCCCAGGCACACCCUGUCCUGAGGGCCGCUCCGUCCUCCCGGAAGACCAGAGCGCCCUUCAGGGCCGAAGAGAGCGCGGGCUCCCGGCCGGCAGAGGGACAGCUGGCCGCGGGGCUCCCCGGCCGGGACUUCCGUUACCUGUCCGUGCCCCGCCGGGCUGCGCUUGGCUGGGCCUGCCUGGUUCUCGCCCACCCUCCUCCCGGCGCCUCUGGGUGAUCCACCCUGUUUGCGAGUCAUCCGUGGACAUAUGACAUCUAAACAGUGACAGAUGGCACCUUCUAUUCUGGGCUCGUGGGAAGCACCGGCUGGGGCAAACGUGCCGUGUUUGGGGCGUGGGCGCAGGCAGUGCCAAGCCGGGGCUGGGCACAGGAAGCCGAGCGCUGGGUCUGUCGCGGCCCCCGAGAGCUUACUGGUUAAAGCCCCCGAGAACAUCAUGUCUAUUUCCUACCACCCUUUCCAUGAAAAGGAAGUGGAAAUACCUCACAGGUGUCCGAGAACGUCCCACCCCCAUCAUGUGCUACACGGAUGUAGUUACCAGGUUAGCCUCACUCCAUCAGCCUGCCUGUUGCUGCGAUGUUUGGUCGGUUAUUAAGAAAUAAUUUUAAGAAGUAACUAAGUAAGGCUCCUACAGACUCAGAGCAGACAGAAGCCUCAGAGAUCUUAUUGUUUGAUUUUGUUUGACCUUGACCUCGAAGCAAGAAUCUCAUCUUCAGGCUGGUCCGCAGGUAGUGAGUUAUCUCACUUGAUUGUUCGCAGUUACAGAUCGAACUCCUUGUUCUAAUACUUCCCCCCUUCUCACUACUGCACUUGAUUAGUCAAAAAAAAAAAAAAAAGAAUCUCAUCUUCAGCCUCCCUCACCAGAUGGUCUGAGUGGACCCCUGCAUAGGUAGAGUGUUGGCCAGGUGGCCAGCCAGUCCCCAGCAAGCACUGCCGGGCGGCCCUGAGUGCCCAGCACUGUGCUGGGCUCCAGGGGCCGGGGGAGGGGCUUGGGGGUCCAUGUGGCCCUUUCCCAGAGGGUCCCCUUUGAAGGGAAGAGCUGAUCCUCGCGCUCCGAGUGACCAGGACGAACGUCUCUGAGGGACUCGCACGGUGCCUGGUGCACGGUAGGACUCAGAAAUGCCCUCAGUGCAGGGCAAGGGCAGGGCCGUGGGAGGCAGAAGUACAUCUCAGACAAGUUCACGUCUGUCUCCUUCCUCCCUUCUAACCUGUCCUGUCUCCGGAUCCGAGCCCACCUUGCGCAGACUGGUGAGAGCCGUUGCCUCAAGGCCCAACACAGAGCCUGGCGCGUAGUAAGGACUCGAAAGGCGUCUGUCCCAAUGAAUUGCUUGAAUGUGGCCUCCCCAGGGUAUUUUUAAACCCAAAGAGAAGGUUGUUGAUCCAAGAUCGCUCCACCUCUUGGCUAACUGUUUUAGAGCAGGGUCCCCUCUGCUAAUCCUCGCCCAACCCCCCUUCCUGCCAGAAGCCUAGUCCCUGGGGAAGUGAACCUGGCCGCCAAGCCGUGCCCCUGCCCUGCCAGGGCGUGGGGGAGCCCCACGGCCACUGCCCUUCCCGGCAAAGAGGGGCCCUGGGACCGAGCCCUGCAGAGCCCGCUGGGCUGUUUGGUGACAACCAACACUUUCGCAAUGACUGUCUUUUCCCAAGUAGAAAGCAGACAGGCGGCCUAAGAUGGGAAGGGCGGGAUGAGCCUCGUGAGGUGCCUUGAGUGCCUCCUAUAAGGGGGCAUGUUAGAGGUGUCAUCGGUGCAAUUCUCCAGUCCCCUAGCGGUUUCCUGUCGCUGUUCUCAUCUUCAGAUGAGGCCAGCAAGGCCUGGGGGGUCAGGACUUGGUCCAGGUCUGUCUGUCGACUCUAUGUUGCUGGUGAGCAUGAACCCAGCUCCAAGAACAGAGCCCCGGCAGGCCCGCCCUGCUCUGGGGCUGUCUGGGGUCCUACAGGCCUCUGCUCACUGUCACAUCUGGUGGCACGGGUCAGAGCCAUCAGUGUCCCCAAAUGGUCCACGGUGAGAAAGUCUGCAGCCUCCAGGCCCGCUCUUCCAGCCCCUUUUGGCAGAACAAAUGGAUGUCAUUGCGAAAGACCCGAGGAACAGUGUCUGGGCAUGCGUGCCAGCCGGGAGCAGCGAAGGGUCUCUCAAGCAGAGCUCCAACUUCACCCCAUUUCUUGGUCUUCCGACAGCACGCACUGGCCAAAAUGGAGUGUAACUUUCAGGUCUAAAACCAACCAAGCAUGCUGAAUUUUAAAAUAUAUGUCCAGAGGUUGAAUUCCAGCCACAUUGGGGUGAUAUAGAAACGUCAGCUCUAGGGGUGGGGAAGGUCCUCUCCCACCCCGUCCUGUCAUCGGGAGGCAGGCGUGGUGUCCCUCUGCCCUAGGGGGAGCCCCCUCCUCUGCAGACAGGGCCCUGAGUAAGCCGCGCACCCCUGCGGGACGCAGAGCCUGGGCGUGCGUGUUAGGGAGUAGUUGCACAGAAAGAAUUUAGAGGCUGCUCCAAGAUCAGGGUGAGUGAGAAGAGACUCAUCCCCCCACCUUGGAACCCAACAGGAAGUCCCGCUGCCUUCACCCCCUUUGGUAACUGGCCACUCACUCUGUGGAGUGCAACCGAAGCCAUAGCGGAAGCCGACGGCUCCUUCCUCCGGGAGGAGGGAAACAGCGGGGAGCUCCCGGUAGCGCGCAGUCCCCGUGCUCUGCUGCGGGAUCAGCCCGUUGCCUAGAAGGGCCCUCAGGAUGCGGCCCCGGCCUCUCCCUCACCAUCUCUGGCCAGGGCUUCACCUGCCCCCCUGCCUCUCCCCCCUCCAACCCACCCUCCGUCCCUGUCGCCCUGGGGGGAGCUUGGCCAGCAUAGCACUGCACCGACCCCUACUGCAAGCUGCCGUCAGCAAGGCUCCUCAUCAAGUCCCUUCCUCUCCUUCCAUCCCCAAACCCACGCCAGGCCCCCACACCUCAGGGGCAGGCUCGGCCAUACCCCCCAAGCCCGCCUGUGCUCCCAGGGCUCUUUGCGCCUGUUGUCCUCAAACAGGAAGAGGACGUGCUACUUCCCGCAAUGUAGGAGGGCCGCGGGGCGCAGACCUGCCCUGAGCCCCCACCCUUGCCUUCCUGCUGCCUCUGCCUGGGACGGUCUCCCUCUGUCCAACGGCAAGCAGACAGCUCUCGAGGACCAGCUCGAAUGUUCCCACGGCAAUCCCCAAAAGGAAGGAGCCGCUCCCUCCGUAUUCUCCUGAGAACCUGGAAAGUUCCUUUACCACCAUGCUUGCCCGUGGGGGGUCACGGCAUUUGCUCUCACCCGUGUGCUGGAUCCUUGUGGGUCUCUGACGCAGAGCAGGGGCCCGGCCGGUGCUCAUUGACACAAUAGGAACAUCCCGCAGGCCCCGGGCGAGGACACAGCGCCGCCACUUGCAUUGUCCUCUAGCCUGAGGAUGGCUUAUGGGUCACGGGCUCUAGACCUUGCCAAGCUGAUCUGCUAAACUCCUCCCCCGAAGCGGCUGUCCUCCUGUCUGUCCUCCCCACGGCCCAGCGCCGGGGCAGCGUUGUCAUCACUCUGUCUUCACGGAUGGGGGAGCUGAUGUCCAGAGGGUCCAGUGACUUAUCCGAGGUCGUAAGGCUGGUGAAAGGCGGAGCAGGAUCCGAUCCCACGCCCCGUCCUCAGCUCAGCGACUGCUCCGCACAGUGCCCCAGCACUCCCAGCAGGGUCCCACUGUCCAGACAUGACACCUUCGUCCCAGAGAGACUGGAGUUUGCUCAGCUCGUACCUGGGGUCCGGGGACAUGGCUCGGGGCUGUCUGACCCACUCUUCCCACCUGAGCACCCAAGGAGGCUUUGGGGGGGCACCCCAAGGGCUCUAGGUCCCGCAUCUGCAUGGCGGGGGUGGUGUGUCCCUUGAUCUUUGGGAACACAAGAUGAGACUACAGAAGGCAUCGUAAAGGCGAGAGUGCUUUGUAAACGAAAGUGCCGCUCACACGUGCUGUCUUCAGGCCAGCUUCCGCACUGCGAAGGGGACGGAGGGGAGAGCUCUCUCCUGAGCAGCGGCAUCCGUCAAGACAACGAAGCCACCACGGCCGGUUCCUCCUCCCUCGCCCACCUCCCCUUCGGCCUCACACAUUCAAAGACACUCGCAGGCUGAAAAAUGGUUCCUGCCACUGCUCGGACGCCGGGAAUUUGCCUUGUGAUUGGCAGAGUGUCACUCCAAGACAGCUUCAUUUUUCUUUCUUCUCGCGACUGACGUCCUGCACUCGUUGGCCGUGCCAUUGCGAGCUGGGCUCAUGACCAUCGGUGUCUGAGCCGCUUCCCUCGAAGCUCAGACACGACGGGGCCCCAUCAGGGAAACGGUGUCCCCGUGGCUGAGAGAGCUGGCCUCACUCAGAGGGGCAAAGUCCCCACAGCGCAAAUUAACCUUACAUCCCCCCUGCCUUCAUUGAUGUUUCUGCCGAUCUCCUAUUUGGUUUGAUGAGCGAGGGAGAAACUUUCCCAUACUGUGAUUGGAUUUCUCCCUCACAAACCUGGUCAAUUUUUUUUUUCCGUUCCCAAAGACAAAGGGGCUCUGCAGACCAGUCCACAUACUCAGUCACCUUCAUCCCUGGCAACCAAAAGUCUUGAUUUUUAUAUAACCAGAAAAAGCACGCAGCAGAAUGCUUUCGCACACACACCAACACGCGUGCACCGACACCGCUGAGCUUUGGUACAGAAUGGCAAAAUUACUGAUGUUUUUCUCACGCCCGGCAGUUUGCUUCUGAGUCUUAUUUGGAGAGCAGAGUGAAAAGGGCUCCGUGAGCCCUGGGGCAAUGUAACUUGCCCACUAAGAGGCUCGUGGGAAACAUCUCCAACGGGAAGGCGCUCGCUAGGAUUCCAACCAGGCCGGGGGCCAGGCCAGGGGACGUGGUCUGCUCCUCACCCUGCUCCCGGGCUGCAGGGACAUUUUCCCUUCAGAACGUCUUGCAUCAGGAUGGGGGCGAAACAGGUGGGCCGAGAAUCCCAGAGGAGGCCGUGAGCUGUUCUGGGAAGAGCGAGAGCGUUGGGGUCAGACCUGGGUCUGGACUUUGCUCCGUCACUCUCUCGCUAAGUGACCGUGGACCAGAGACUUCACCUCUCUGGUCCCUGCUCCUCGCCUGGACGGAGGAGGUCAUGUCCUAAUACGUGUAAAGAGCCUGGCGUGGGGCUUGGCACCUGGGAAGUGUCUUAAUGUGUGUCUGUUGAGAAAAGGAGUGUUCUCAACGUGCGGGAACUGUUCGAGUCUGCCCAUCUUGACGCCCCCCAACAGGAGGCUCCUGGGGGUCUGGGGAGAGGCCCCCCAGGGGCUCAAGCCCUCCCAGCUCUGUACUGGGCCCCGCCUUUAAGAGGCUGCAGCUCCUGCCUCUUAAAAGCCUUUAAAAUUUCUUUAUUAAAUUUUCAUGGCACAUAAAGUCAAGGUUCUGUUACUUGGCCUCAGUUGUCUUGGUAACUUCGUAAAAUGCAAUAAUAAAACGAAGCUGAGUGUUGCUAAACACAGGCUCAUUGUAUAAACGA